GUGACGGUAUUUGUUGUUGUUUCUGGGGCAAGAAGUACCUAGCUGGUUAGAACAGUCGGCUAUUUAAGAAUAUAUUUCGUUUAAAUAAUUUCAUCCAAAAUAACUGUUCGUCGUGCUCAUUAUAUGAUAGCGUUGGUUACGUGAAGAGUCGGUGGGAAAGAUCGGUGUGGAAUUUUCACUUGUAAUUUGUUUUUAUUACGUUUUUCCAAAGAAGAUGGACAGUCAGUACCAGCGCUCUGUACCACUGGAGGUGAGGAGGGCAGAGGGUGAGAGGGUGCGAGCCAAGCAUCCCGACAAGAUACCGAUCAUUGUGGAGAGGGCUACCAGGUCGAGAGCUCCUGACCUGGACAAGAAGAAGUACCUUGUGCCCUCUGACCUCACAGUGGGUCAACUGUGCUUCCUGAUCCGACAACGUGUGUCUAUGAGACCUGAGGAGGCUCUCUUCUUUUUCGUAAACAACUCCCUUCCCCCAUCCAGUUCUCCUCUCUCUGCUGUCUAUGAGGAGCACCAUGAAGAGGACCUGUUCCUAUACAUGACCUACAGUAACGAGAGCGUCUACGGUGCCUGAGACGGGACAAAAGGAGGAAAGAGAGAGAGAGAGAGAGAGAGACAGGAGAUGGGAGAGAACUCUUUGUAAUGUUUCAGCACUAUUAUUCUUUAAGUAUUUAGGAGAUGGCGGUGGGGAGGAGAGUUUGGUGGGUAGGAGAUGGCGGUGGGUAGGAGAGUUUGGUGGGGAGGAGAUGGCGGUGGGGAGGAGAGUUUGGUGGGUAGGAGAUGGCGGUGGGCAGGGGAGUUUGGUGGGUAGGGCGUGUAUAACUUUUGUCAGUAUUUUUGGGGUGAUCAUAUUCUGUGUCAGUAUGCUCUCAACCAUGGUAAGGCAUUCUAAAUUUGAAAAAUAACGGGGUAAUUGGAAAUAGGAGGAGUGAAAAAUAUAUUUCAAUAAAAUAAGAGUGUUAAGGGGAAAGCUCUUAAUUUCUAUCUUUCUUUCUCAGCCAGCCAUCUGUAUUUAAUGCAAAUAGUUAUUUUUUUGUGUAAAUUAAUAUCAUGGACUUUUGUGGAAAAUAAAAUCCGAAAUGGAUGGUUUGCUAGUUCUGCAGUUUGUCAUGUAAAAAAAGAACGUUUUAUUCAAGCAA